GAAUGAAGAAGCCAGCAACACCGUAGAUCUAUCAUCAGAUGAUUUUGCAAACAUGAAGGAGCUUGUCGAGUUUCCUUUGGAACCAGAAAAUGAGAAAGUGCUCGGCAUUUUGGGUGACACUUGUAAAUCUGAGCCCCUUAAAGAAGAGACUUCCGAAGCGGAGCGGGCGCAGGAAACGAAUAAUUCAUGGCCGGGCAAACAGGAAGCCGAGGAGGAGGAGGAGGAAGAAGAAGAAAAAGAAGAAGAAGCAGAAGGAGGAGGAGAAGACAUGCUGGCCGCCGCCUCUUCCAUCCAGUCGGACAAAGACCUUGUAGAUACGGACAGCCAGUCAGGCCCAGCGGCGGCCAAGAGCCAAGAGGACGAAGCCAAGCUCUUAGUGGUAGCGAAAGGGGAGCCCAGCGAGCAGACAGUUGAGGAAGCCAAACCGGACUCGGACUCUUUAGCGGUAGAGAGCAGGAGUGGAGGUGGAGGUGGAGGAGGUGAUGGUGAUGAUGAUGAUAGUAGCAGAGAAGCUCAAACUCUGGAAGCCAGUAGUGAGGCAACCGCGGAAUCGGACACAGGUCCCCAAGUGGUUAGUCCAGAGGCCGAGAAGAUGGAAGUGAAGGCUAAUGUUGAGGAGGAGCCCUCUGCCACUAGAGAGCCCUCUGCCCAAGAGGGUGGUGAUCAGAACACGAGCUCAAAUGAGGAGGCGGAGGCUAAAAGUGCUUCGAAAGACGAGAAGGGUCGCUCCUCUGCUAGCUCUGGCAGAAAUCUGUGGGUCAGUGGCCUUUCCUCUUCGACCAGAGCAACUGAUCUGAAGAACCUGUUUAGCAAAUACGGCAAGGUGGUAGGUGCUAAAGUAGUCACGAACGCCCGCAGCCCCGGGGCCCGCUGUUACGGCUUCGUCACCAUGUCAUCGUCUGAGGAAGCCACCAAAUGCAUCAGCCACCUCCAUAGGACAGAACUGCACGGGAAGAUGAUUUCGGUGGAAAAAAGCACCAAAAGCCACGACCGCAAGUCGGAGAGCAAAGAGAAGCAAGACAUUCUGUCGUUCGAUAAAAUCAAGGAGCAGCGCGAGCGGGAGCGCCAGAGGCAACGCGAACGGGAGAUCCGAGAGACGGAACGGAGGAGGGAACGGGAGCGGAGGGAGCGGGACCAGCACUCGCAGGAGACCCAGGAGUCGGACGAAAGGCAGCGGCUGCAAAAGGAGCGGGAACGGCUGCACUUCCAGAAGCAACGGCUGGAGCGGGAGCGGAUGGAGCGGGAGCGGCUGGAGCGGGAGCGGAUGCGCAUCGAGCAGGAGCGGCGGAGGGAGCAGGAGCGCAUCUACCGGGAGCGGGAGGAGUUACGGCGGCAGCAGGAGCAGCUGCGCUACGAGCAGGACCGUCGUUCGGCCUUGCGGAGGCCCUACAACGACGGACGCCGUGACGAUGGCUACUGGCCAGAGCCAAAGCGGAUGGCCAUGGACGACCGAUACCAUUCGGACUUCAGCCGGCAGGAUCGCUUCCACGGCUUCGAUCACAGAGAUCGUGGCCGCUACCAAGACCACUUCGGGGACAGGAGAGAAAGUUCAAGGAUGGUGCCAGACCGAGACGGACAGCAUCAUCCCGACGAGAGUCGCCAUUCGCGGGACGGCUGGGCGGGUUACGGGUCAGAGCGGAGGCUGAGCCGAGGUCGAGGUUUACCUCCCCCAUCCCGGCGUGGAGAAUUUGCACAAGGCGGAUCGCAGCACUCGGUCGCGCAAGUCCCCAACAUGCCAGGCGGUUUUGCAAGCCAGGAUAGAACAAGCCGGCCGACUGACCCGCGUUUCGCUCACCGUUAUUGAAGAUUUUCCUUUUCCCACACGACUCCGUGGCAAGCAGACUCUGUGGAAUUUUUGCUCCCCUGGUUAUGGCCUUGGAACUGUUGUUUGCUGAAACAGACGCCCACCACAGUAGCUUGCAGAUGAUGUGAACUCAAUUGUGUUUUGUGUCUG